GUCGUGCCACAAGGAAGAAGGAACUAAUCGAGGAGGUCGGAGAGCCUCCUGGUGUUGGUCGGCACACACAUCGGUACACAAUAGGGUGGUUUAAAGGAGAUUUCAUCCAUGUUUGGACUCUGUUUGUGAAUGCGCACCCUCCUGUGAGGGUGUAGAAUGGAAAGGAGCCUCUACGGAGACACGGUGCUCACCUCCUUCACUGUCUAUCCUCGUACCACCAUGAUGAAGAAGGACAUUCAUAUCAACCUGGACGAACACACCUCCGAGCUGAAGACCAAUCCGCUCCGCGACGCCGACGGCCUCCUCAACUCACCAGACUUUGGGCUUCUCAAAUUGGCGUCCCCGGACCUGGAACGCCUCAUCAUCCAGUCCAACAACCCGGCAUCCCAGUUCCUCUACCCGAAGUCCGCCAGCGACGAGCAGGAGUUCGCCGAAGGCUUCGUCAAAGCUCUGGAGGAUCUCCACAAGCAGAACCAGCUGAGCGAGGCGGCCUGCGUCUCGGUGGACAGACUGGAGCUCCUCGGCGCUUCCGGCACGGUGGGAUCCUCCGGGCUGCAGACGUCUGAUCUUCCGGUGUAUACCACCUUGAACGGCUAUGCCGCCAGCCCGCUGGGCUCCACCACCAUCAACUACUCCACGGACACCAUCCCCUUCCCGCCGCCUCCGUCCCAUCUCAGCCCGCAGCAACAGGCAGCAACCGCCGCCGCCUUAUCGCGGCUCCAGUCCGGCGGCAUCGUGAAGGACGAGCCCCAGACAGUUCCGGACAUGCAGAGCCUCGGCGACAGCCCGCCUCUGUCGCCGAUUGACAUGGACAACCAGGAGCGUAUUAAGGCGGAGAGGAAAAAGCUGCGCAACCGGAUAGCAGCCUCCAAGUGCCGCAAGCGGAAACUUGAGAGGAUCUCUCGGCUUGAGGACAAAGUGAAGACCCUGAAGACGCAGAACACCGAGCUGGCGUCAACAGCCAGCGUCCUCAGGGAGCAGGUCGCCCAGCUGAAGCAAAAGGUGAUGAGCCACGUCAACAGUGGAUGCCAACUUUUACCAAACCAAGUCCAAGCUUACUAAUUCUGCUAGUGCUUGACUCUUGGAAAUCCUUAUGAGGUCUUUCAUGAAGUUCCUAGUGUAGAUCCACCCAGCAGGUGGGUGUGCCUGACAGGCCCGAGCUGGAAAUGAAAGGUCAAAGGUUAUGGAAGUCAUGCAGCACCAAGUGUUUAUGUGGAAGCUGGACAAUCUCUACAAGUGCUGCCAUUCAACUGUGUAUAUACUUGUGUAUAUAUAAAUAUAUAUAUAUACAUACAGCCUUACUUGUUUACACAAUGCACUUAGCAAUGACAAAUACAUAUAUAUUUUAUUUACUGAAACAUUUAUUAUACCUCCUGGUCAUAUUUACUUGUUUUUUUUAAUGGGCACAUGCAUGUUUUGUAGCUGUUGUAUACUAUACAAUGUAUGUACAGUAUUUGUCUCCGUGGUGGCUGUUUAGUAGCCUCCCGUGAAUGUACUUGUAUUCAUAUGGUGGAUUCUCAUCACUCUACCUGACAUUUAUUAAAUUCACUACAUUACUAAAGGUAAGCCUUUUAAGUGUUUUCACUUUACAAUGUACUGAUAAUGAAUUAUGAUCUUCCACUGGAUGGCAGAAGCUACAUGAUGAACUUAGAUGUAGACUUUUUGAGACAUUUAAUUUCAAUAAAUGUUGGGCAACGCCUCCAUAAAUUGAGAAAUGCUGACAUUAUGGAUUGUGAUACCCUCUGCUGGACAAAAGAAGAACAAGCUGUGCAGACACUACAUGAAUUAACAUUUGGGAGCAAUUAAUUGUAGCACUUCAACAAAAUCCAGCUGCUAGGAUUUAUUUAUUGAUCCCUCAUUUGGGCAAAUCUGGCAUGACAGUUAUUACAGCACGAUUCACACAACUAAUACCAGACGGGCAGAAAAAGGCUAUUUACAAGAGUUAUGACUGGGGGGCAGGGAGGGUGUUCUUGAGUCAGCUGCACGUCUGCAGCCGUAGUAAAACACAAAUAAUAGAAACACGCACAGUCCAAAAGUGAUUAUUUUAGCGUUGUCGGUUUGCUGUCUUUUCCAAUUAGCUCUACAUUUGGCUCUGUGGACAGAACAAUUAGAGGCGUCUAUUACAGGACGUGUGUGGAAAGAAUCAGCAGGGUUGUUUUGCUGAUAUUUGGGCGUA